AACAUAAUUGUUUUUUUCCUCAUUUUAAGUCAUUUUAUUUGGCAGUGGUUGACAUAAUUGUCUAUAUAUAACAAACACUCUCACUUUGGUUAUUUCAACAAAAGAUAGUUGUGGUAGUGAUUUCAAUAAGAUCAUGGAAGAAAAUAAGAAGCAUAAAGAUUCUUCUUCUUCAUUUACUUCUGAAGUCUUUGGUUCCAAAGAAACAUACCCAUCUUCUUCUUGUGGAGUUUUUUGUUCUAUAUUUUCUUCUCAAUCCUCUAAUGUGGUGUUACGAAAAGAAUCUGUGCGAUCUGAAGUGAUCAGUGCCAGAACUAUCAAGGAGACAUGGGACUCUAUACUUGGAACAAAGGAUGGCAUCCCCAAGGGCUAUGGUGGUGAAUCUCAGAAAACAAACACUCUCGAUAUGAGUUUCAUCUACCAGGAUCAAAGAAUUGAACCAUGUAAUCUUUGCUCAUCAAUAAAUUAUGGUGGCAGAGACAUUUAUCCUCAUUAUCAUAGUACACAAAAUGAUGGAAGAAACUCAUUGCCAAAGAAUUAUGGAGAAGUAGAUGACUCAGGAAUUGAUGUAAGAGGAGACUGGUGGAAAGGGGGUGCCUAUUAUUAAAACUGUCCUUGCCAUGAUUUACAAGGUACAUAGAAGGAAAGUGCAUCAAUAUUGUCUCAAUCAAGUAAUUAGGUGGAAGAACUAUGCAGCAACAUUAAUCACAAUGUUAUCAUUUGCAUUUAUUUGUUUGAUUUACUGUAAAUAAUAUUAUGCACAAUCUAUUUUGCAACUGAAUUAUGAGCUGUUGAAUUACAAGUACGACUAAUAGAGUUCAGUGAACACUCCCCUGAUUGGGAAAAUAAAAAAUUUACAAUCAAUAAUAAAAUUAAUAAUAGAAGUUA